AUGGAGUGGCUUGGACAUGCAAAGAUUGGAUUUACCCAUCCUCCAAAUCCCAUAAACCUCAAAAGUAAAGAUGGUUCUACCACAGAUCUUCUUAAGAUAUGUGAAGAGUCAACUCCGCCAUGUCGUCUCAACCCCCUUUUAUUCAAUGGUCACAUGCAAACGUUUUGGACUGUUGUAAAGAACGAUGGACCUCCCAUUUACUAUAAACGAAAGUUAUUUGAGAAUGAGGAUCCAGCUUUCCAAGGCUCUUUUGCUGUUGAUUUCGUAGUCCAUGAGCCAUAUAGCGAGGUUGAUGAUACUUUGCCUAUUCGUACUACAUACUAUACGGAUGAAGAAUUCUCAGGAAUUGCAUCUUUAGAUAGCCGACCAAUGCUCGUGACUUUACAUGGACUCUCCGGUGGUUCUUACGAGAUCUAUCUUAAGCAUGUAUUGGAGCCUUUGGUUGGAGCCGAUCAUGCUUCAAAGUGGGAAGCAUGUGUUAUCAAUAGUCGUGGAUGUGCCAAACAUAAAAUCACGAGCAGUGUAUUGUACAAUGCAAGAGCUACAUGGGAUACUCGACAGACGAUUGCUUGGCUGAGAAAGACCUUUCCUAACAGACCUUUGUUUGGCAUCGGUUUCUCUCUAGGAGCUAACAUUCUUACCAAUUAUAUUGCCGAAGAAGGAGAUGCAUGCGUCCUCAAAGCCGCCGUCGUCUGUUCCAACCCCUGGAACUUAGAUGCUGGAUCACUCGCUCUCCAAAGAACCUGGCUUGGAAGAGAAGUUUACUCCAAGACUAUGGGUAGCAAUAUGAAAAGACUCGUUGAACUUCACCAUGACCAGAUCAUCAAAAAUCCCAAGAUUGAUUUUGACAAGAUCAGGAACAUUACCUACCUGCACGAAUUCGAUCGACAAAUCCAAGGUCCUGCUUGGGGCUACCCUACGGAGGGUGCAUACUACAGAGACGCUUCAUCAACAGAUUCGCUACUGGCUGUGAAGAUUCCUUUCUUUGCUAUAAAUGCUGAGGAUGACCCUAUUGCCACCGGUGAAUGCUUACCACGUGAAGAAAUCAAGAAGAAUCCAUACACAGUGCUGUGUACCACAUCUCUAGGUGGCCACUUAUCAUGGUUUGAAAUCGGGGGACACAGGUGGCAUGCUCGCCCAUGUGUCAACUUUCUAAACAAAAUGGCUUUUGAGGUACAACUUGAUACCAUUGUUCCUCCUGACGCACACGAUUCCGCUGAUCUGAGUCCCCCUCGCCCUAAAUUCCAACCAAUGGUUCGAAAAUGGACUUGA